GAAGAAUCCCAGAGUUUCUUCCAUCUCUCGCUCUUUCGAUUUUGGAGAUAUUUACAGGUACGCUUGCUUUUCCCUUCACAACAUCUUCUUCUUCCUGCUCCUCUGUUUCAAAUUCCGAAAAUCAGAUAAAAAAUGGGAGCUUCGAAACUUUCCGGGAUGCAAAAGCAAGUCUUGAGUCUCUACAGAGGAUUUCUAAGAGCAGCUCGUUCAAGACCAAUAGAAGACAGGAAGAGAAUAGAGAUGAUUGUGUCAACAGAGUUCCGCCACAACUCUAAGGAGGUCGACCGUAAGAAUUUUCAGUACAUCGAGUAUUUGCUUCGGUUAGGUACUAAACAGCUUGAUCAACUCAAAAGCCCUGCCAUAGUUAGCCUCUCCUCGAUCAAGGUCGUUACAUCUAAAACCUGAUACCUUAUUUUAUAGCUUGUUGCUCUAGUGACCAUAGAUAACAAAGCUGAGGAAAUUGAUUCGUUUUCCUCUUUUUACAUUGAGUUAUGUAUGUAUGAUGAUGGAUGUUCAAGGUCCAUUAUAAAAUAAAGAGAAUUGUGAUCACAAUUGAAUAUAUAUAUACACUUUCACACAAUUAUGUGCAUCUGCUAAUAGUCUAGAGAUUGCAAUCAUUCAAUAUGAGAAGCAAUGUAUCAGAUUUCAUCUUUGUAAGAGUACCAGUCAAUGGUGUAGUGCUCCGUUGCCAAUGGUCUUGCUUUACAUGUGAAUGCGACACAUUGUUUUUUUCCGGAUUCAGUUUUGUCCUAUAGUUCUGUUCUACUUAGUGCUAUUUGGCCUCAGAUUUUGUAUACUUUAUAUGUCUAAG